AUGUUCCUCAUCUACUCCUGGGAUAUCAGGAACCUACUACAGUGGAUCAAACAGAAUCUGUUGAAAGAACGACCAGAAUUAUUUAUGCAAGGGGAAUCUGUGUAA